GUGUACAGAGGUUCAGUUUCUGAACCAGUUGAAAUAAAAGCCAAGCUCAGAGUGCACAGGGGUGACUGAUUGGCUGGUGCAGGGCAAGCAAGACCCAUAAAAGGCAGCUGGGGAACCUCUGAGCAGAUUCACAAAAUCAACCAAGAAGCCUCAAACCUCAGUGCUUCUCAGAUAGUUCUUUCCAUCAUGAGUGGGUGCCCAUUUUUGGGAAAUAAUUUAGGAUAUGCUUUUAGAAAAGUAUCUACAGAAGGAAAUGAAGAGGACAAUGCACAAACCGGAGUGAACAAAGCCAGCAAAGGAGGACUUAUCUAUGGGAACUAUCUGCAUUUGGAAAAAGUUUUGAAUGCACAGGAACUUCAGAGUGAAAUAAAAGGAAAUAAAAUCCACGAUGAACAUCUUUUUAUUAUAACUCAUCAAGCUUAUGAACUGUGGUUUAAGCAAAUCCUCUGGGAAUUAGAUUCUGUUCGAGAGAUCUUUCAGAAUGGACAUGUCAGGGAUGAAAGGAAUAUGCUUAAGGUUGUCACGCGGAUGCACCGAGUAUCAGUGAUUCUUAAGUUACUGGUUCAGCAGUUUACUGUUCUGGAAACAAUGACACCCCUGGACUUCAAUGACUUCAGAGAUUACCUAUCACCAGCAUCAGGCUUCCAGAGUUUGCAGUUUCGACUCCUGGAAAACAAGAUAGGUGUUCUUCAGAGUUUGAGAGUCCCUUACAACAGAAGACAUUAUCGUGAUAACUUCAAAGGAGAAGAUAAUGAACUGCUUCUUAAAUCUGAGCAGGAAAAAACACUUCUGCAACUGGUGGAGGCAUGGCUGGAAAGAACACCUGGGUUGGAGCCACAAGGAUUUAACUUCUGGGGAAAGUUUGAAAAAAAUAUUGUCAAAGGCCUGGAAGAGGAAUUCACAAGGAUUGAGGCUAAAGAAGAUUCAGAGGAAAAAGAGGAACAGAUGGCUGAAUUUCAGAAACAAAAAGAAGUGUUACUCUCCUUGUUUGAUGAGAAACGCCAUGAGCACCUCCUUAGUAAGGGUGAAAGACGAUUGUCAUACAGAGCACUUCAGGGGGCCUUGAUGAUAUAUUUUUACAGGGAAGAGCCUAGAUUCCAGGUCCCGUUUCAGUUGCUGACAUCUCUCAUGGACAUCGACACCCUCAUGACCAAAUGGAGAUAUAACCACGUGUGCAUGGUGCACAGAAUGCUGGGCAGCAAGUCUGGCACCGGUGGGUCCUCAGGCUAUCAGUACCUGCGCUCAACAGUGAGUGACCGGUACAAGGUAUUUGUAGACUUAUUUAAUCUUUCAACAUACCUGGUUCCCCGACAUUGGAUACCGAAGAUGAACCCAAUUAUCCAUAAGUUCCUUUAUACAGCUGAAUAUUGUGACAGCUCUUACUUCAGUAGUGAUGAAUCAGAUUAAAAUCAUGAAGAACAUCAAUUUUUCAAUCUGUAGUUUUUGUAAAUUUUCAUGAAUGCACAGAGAGACUUAAUGUAAUAUAUGUAUAUACAUAGCUAAGCACCCAAGUGGUCUGAUUGGAUUCUGGAAAUAAUUUCACUAGCUCAUUAUUGUGAUGACAUAAAAUAAAACAUGACAAUGAGAAAUUAAUUCAAUGAAAUGGUAGCAUUGUAUAGUGUUUUUCUAUUAAAAACUCAAAGUUCUCUGGUACUUACCUUAUUGUAACCAUUUAACCUAAUCAUUAUCUCAU